UGGGCUUUGGGUUCCGGCAUGGGGGCGGUCCCGUGUUAGCGAGUGAGGAAAUUCUGGGUUCCUCAGGUCUGAGCCCUCGCUUCUUUUCUGUCCGCACAGUCCCGCGAAGAGACGAGCGCGAGCGAGAAAAAGCUCGACGUCCCAAGAAAAGAGCGAGCGGGCGUGAGCGGACUGCGUGGAGGGCCCCCAGAGGCCGGUCCUGGUGGGCGCCACUCUCCUUGAGACCAUGGUGCAGGAGGAGCUCAGGGGGACUCCCAGGUGAGGGCAACGGCUCCACCCGGGGGUUCUACCGUGGAGGAACUGGGUAGAUGCGAAGUGGGGAAGAAAGGAUGCAGCCCGCACAGCUUCCCGGUGGCACCUUGAGCGGCCGCAAUUGCGGCAACAGCAGAAAGCACAACUCCCGCCGACAAGGCGGCUGGAGCUGCUGGUAACGUCCAACAGUUCUUUCUCCGUAGUAUGCGAGUUGACAAAACAGCCAGAGCGGAGGACUCCCCACCACAAUCUCCUUGGAGCUCUUUUUCCUUGCUACUCGGACCAGAUUUAUGCGAAAACAUGCCUUGCACUUGUACUUGGAGGAACUGGAGACAGUGGAUUCGACCUUUAGCGGUGGUCAUCUACCUGGUGUCCAUAGUGGUUGCUGUUCCUCUAUGCGUCUGGGAAUUACAGAAACUGGAGGUUGGAAUACACACCAAAGCUUGGUUUAUUGCUGGAAUCUUUUUGCUGUUGACUAUACCUAUAUCUCUUUGGGAGAUACUGCAACACUUAGUGCAUUAUACACAACCUGAACUACAAAAACCAAUAAUAAGGAUUCUUUGGAUGGUACCCAUAUACAGUUUAGACAGUUGGAUAGCUUUGAAAUAUCCCAGCAUUGCAAUAUAUGUGGAUACUUGCAGAGAAUGCUAUGAAGCUUAUGUCAUUUACAACUUUAUGGGAUUCCUUACCAAUUAUCUAACUAACCGGUAUCCAAAUCUGGUAUUAAUCCUUGAAGCCAAAGAUCAACAGAAACAUUUCCCUCCUUUAUGUUGCUGUCCACCAUGGCCUAUGGGAGAAGUAUUGCUGUUUAGGUGCAAACUGGGUGUAGUGCAGUAUACAGUUGUCAGAUCAUUUACCACCAUUGUUGCUUUAGUCUGUGAGCUGCUUGGCAUAUAUGAUGAAGGUAACUUUAGCUUUUCAAAUGCUUGGACUUACUUGGUUAUAAUAAACAAUAUGUCACAAUUGUUUGCCAUGUAUUGUCUCCUGCUAUUUUAUAAAGUACUAAAGGAAGAACUGAGUCCAAUCCAACCUGUUGGCAAAUUUCUGUGUGUAAAGCUGGUGGUUUUUGUUUCCUUUUGGCAAGCAGCAGUUAUUGCUAUAUUGGUAAAAGUUGGUGUUAUUUCUGAAAAGCAUACAUGGGAAUGGCAAACUGUAGAAGCUGUGGCUACAGGACUCCAGGACUUCAUUAUCUGUAUUGAGAUGUUCCUUGCUGCUAUUGCUCAUCACUACACUUUCUCAUACAAACCCUAUGUCCAAGAAGCAGAAGAAGGGUCAUGCUUUGAUUCUUUUCUUGCCAUGUGGGAUGUUUCAGAUAUUAGAGAUGAUAUUUCUGAACAAGUACGGCAUGUUGGAAGGACAGUCAUGGGACAUCCUAGGAAAAAAUUUUUUCCUGAGGAUCAAGAUCAAAAUGAACAUACAAGCUUGUUAUCAUCGUCAUCACAAGAUGCAAUUUCUGUUGCCUCUUCUAUGCCACCUUCACCCAUGGGUCACUACCAAGGGUUUGGACAUACUGUGACACCCCAGACUACACCUACUACAGCUAAGAUACGUGAUGAAAUAUUGAGUGAUACUACUGAAGAGAAGAAGGAAACUUCAGAUCAAUCUGUGGCCUCCUGAACAGUGUGCAAAAGCAACUGCUACUACCAUAUUAUCUGAUUACCUGGUAUCCCAUUGCUCAGGAUUUUGUGCUUGGGAUGAGCCAUAAAUGAUGGAAAUUUUCAACACUAAGAUAGGUGAAAGCCAGGUACAACUAUUGGAUUUAUGUAAUUACAUUUUGUAUAUCACAAAUAAUCAGUCUAAAUUUCCUAGACUUAGAGUUGAUUUCUUAACAUUAGAGCAUCACAUACUCACAUGGUAGAAAACAAUCCAAACUGAAUGUUCCUGAUCUUACAUUGCUUUAUCAAGAGGAUGGACAGAAGGAAAAGAAAAAAAAAAAAAAAAAAAAACUGCUUUCUACCAGUGCUACAUGAC